AUGGCCCAGCCUGCAUCAACAGCUGCUUAUCGAACCAAGUCCACUACACACUCGGUGCCUGCUCUGUCAUGUGUGGCCGGGGCCACUUUCGGAACUGUUAGCCUCAUUCGCUCAACCGACAUGUUAUCGCAAAUCGUUUUUGCUGCUAUCACAUCCCUCUCAAUCCUCGGCUACAUUAUCCUGCGACCUGGUGGUCCAGAUCUCACUAAGACUGCUCGCCAAAACCAGUACGAUGCUAGUGUCCUGGCUCGCAGCAGCCAGAAGCUUUUGGUCGCGAUGGCCACAUCUUUAGCAGGGCCAGACCGCACGAAGUGGGAAGAAGUCAUGGAGGACGUAGAUGUCUGCACCGCCGAGUUCCCUGAGGAUGUCAAACAUGAUAUCCGUCAGGCGGGAAAAAUCAUGGCUGCCGCUAACUGGGUUGUAGAGAGAUUUGAGAAUCGCAGCGCUGUUGGAAGGUGGUAUCAUCAGGACAGCGAUGCUAACCAGAUCUAUCAGGCCUCCAAGUGCUUACGAGAAAUAUCGGAUGCAUUGAAGGGCUGGGAUGUCGUGAAGUUGGAGGCAUUAGUUCGUUUGUUCCGUGUUAUUUCUGCCGCUUGCAUGACAUGCACGGUAUCUGUAUUACAAUUUCAAGCUACGGAAUCAGCAGCUGAGAGAGGGAGAGAGGUGGAAGAGUCGGUUUCAUUCCAGGCGGGCAUCCCACAACCUCAAGGCAAGGAAGAUCGGAUAGUUACGGCUAGAGUGCAUGGCCAGCACACAUGUCUGGCGCCGCGCUUGCAGCUGCGUGCUUCGCAAAGGUGA